AUGCCUGGACUUGGCAAGACCACAUUAGCCAAUAAAGUUUAUGCUGCUCCUUCAGUCAGGUCAUAUUUCCAUGUUCGUGGCUGGUGUUGUGUUUCUCAAACGUAUAGCAUGCAUAGUUUGUUAGUUCAGCUUUUGUGUAGUAUUUCUUCUAAGAGCUCUAACGAAUAUCUUAAGAUGGAUGAAAAUGAUUUGACUACGAAGCUAAAGCAAGUUUUGCUGAGAACUAGGUAUUUCCUUGUUUUGGAUGACUUGUGGGAUGUUGAGAAAAAGCUAUUUGACAAAGAAUGUUGUCCUCCAACACUAAGUGAAGUUGGAUUUCAAAUCGCAAAAACUUGUAGAGGCUUACCUCUCACAGUUGUCCUUGUUGCUGAAAUUCUCGCUACUACUACACAAGAUAGAUGGGAAAAAGUUGCAAAAAGUCUAAGCUUUAUUGUCCUUGAUAAUAAAGAUUGCAAGAAGACACUUGAGCUGAGUUACAAUCAUUUACUGGAUUAUUUGAAGCCCUGCUUUCUAUACUUUGCUGCAUUUCAAGAAGAUGAGGUUAUUAACGUGCGAACGUUGUUAUGGCUUUGGAUCUGUGAAGGAUUGGUGCAACAAACUAAAGGAAAGAGCUUAGAGGAAUCAGCUUAUGACUACUUGAUGGCUCUAAUUAGUAGAAGUUUAGUUGUGGUUGCCAAACAAAGAACUAUGGGUGGUGCCAAAGCCUGCCAACUUCAUGAUUUGGAGGAGUUGGGGAUUUUGUUACCUAAACUUCUUAGAGUGCUGGAUUUGGGGAAGUGUAAUUAUAUACCAAGGGAAGUGGUAUCGCUUGUUCACUUGAGAUACCUGGUGCUCCGUGGAUUAAGCGCCAUCCCAUCUGUGAUAGACAACCUCUCAAGGUUGGACAUUCGCAACUCGACUGCAUCUUCUGAUAAUGUUUGCCAUCUUGAGAAAUUGGUUGUGCGCCAUUGUGGGAAGCUGGAAGAGGUCCCUGCUUGUUUAGGGGAAUGUCCGAGUCUUAUAAUGAUUAAGGUGGAAAAGUGUCGUGAGUCUGUUGCAAAUUCAAUAAAGCAAAUUCAGCAAGAACAAGUGGAUAGUGGAAAUGAGGUUCUAGAGAUUGCAAGCUUUCGUACUUUUGGUCAUUCAAGUUUUGCAGCUAUUUCCUCGCUCAGUGAUUAUAAGGUCACUCAUUGUUUUUGGGAAGCAAACAUGGUUGCGGGUAGAUUAUCUGACAUUGGAGCAGACACUGCCUCAAACGUGGUUUAUGAUUCUUUUGCACUAUUGCCACGGAUUGUUAGAGGAGAUAUUAGGAUCGAUAGGUUUGGUUUUCCUAGCUUUCAUAGGCAUAAGGUUUAA